AUGUCUAAACGCGCCGCUUCACCCAACCUCAAGGAGGAAACUUCUUCCUCAAAACGUGUUUGCCGAACUGAAGAAAACCAUUCGACUGGCUGCAAUGAUCCUGAUUGUAAUGGAUGCGAUGUAGGAAACAUCGAGAUAACCUUUGUUGGUGACAAUGGAGAAGACAAAGCAGCCGAUCCUACUGCACAAGAACUUUUGGAAAUGGCAAUCGAAGAAGCCGGAAAUACGGAAGCAAAACCCGAAGUUGUACAGCGUUUGUUUGACAUGGCAAUCGAGAAGUUUGAAAAGGCAGAGCCCAAGAACCGUAUUGGUUAUGCCACCUGCUUGAUUGAGCUUGGUCAGGCUAUUAAGGUUGAAGAGAGUUUAAGAGAGGGCUUGGAUAUCUUACGAGGUGAGAUCAAGAAGCCUGAUGUUGGACCAUUGGCCCAGUUUAUUCUGGCUCGUGCUGCUGCUCUUCUGGCUGCAGAUAUCCGCCAGAAAAAGAAUGCAUUGUUUGAAGAAGCAAGAGCUGAACUAGUAGAUAGUGACGGAGAAGAGGAUGAAGCUGCAAUGGAUGAACUGAAUAAAAAACAAGCGAUCACAAGAGAAGAGAUAAAGCUCUACAAGGAAGCUAUUGCUGCUAUUGAAAAGGGAUUUGUGGAGUAUGACCCCAAGAACGAAGAACAAACAAAAGCCCUUCGUGUGGCUAUGCGCCAGUUACUCUCAUAUGGGCAGCUUCUCGAGGAUCCAUCUCAUGGUAUUCACGUUGAUACUCUCAUGAAUAAACUUGUUAGCUACAUCCAACGCCUUGAAAAUGAAGCAGACAGCAGUCUUUUAACCGAAUGGGCUGCUUGUUUAUUACACAAGUGCAAGUUUGAGGAAAUCGAGAAACAAAAGGAGCUUUGCAAAGAAGUAGAAAAAUUAUUAUUAAAAUCCAACAACGUUUAUAAAGAGGCGCAUAAUGAAGAAAAUCCAUGGGGAUGGGAGUUGUAUGCCAUGCUCAAGAUGAAUCAAUCGAACUUGGCCGAAAAUGAAGACGAAGUAUUAGAAAAGUUUGGCGAGGCAGUAGAUACAUAUAAAAAGGCAUUAGAGCUCAAUCCUGAAAACAAAGAGCUCGCUGCAAUGGUUUCUAUGCUGGAGGGCUCUCCAGAAGAUGAGGAGGAUGACGAUGAAGAUGAAGAGGAGGGCGAAGAUGAAGAGUAGAAUGUAGAGUUUUUUUGUCAGCUUUUUAUUUAUUCAUUGGAAUAAGUCUUGAUAUAAAUAUUACAUUUCCCAAUUU